CGGCUGCCCGUCGCCGUCGCGCUCGGAGCGGAGCGGCUGGUGGGACCAGCAGCAGCUGUCCCCCGUCAGCUGCGCCUCCGGCUACUGGGACGACGAGCAGCCGCUGCGGGACUGGGACGACGAGGAGCCCCGCCGCGACGACGCUCACAGGAUCUCGCCCGAGUCGGAGGGCUCGGGCGAGAGCGAGCGGCUGCGGGCGCUGUUCACGGCCUGCGACACCGACGGCGACGGUUACAUCACCAGCGCCAACCUGGCCGGCCUGCUGUCCAUGCUCGGCCUCGAGGGGUCGGGCGAGACGCUGGCGAGGGAGCUGGGGGCGGACCGGCGCGGGCGCGUGUCGCUCCACGCCUUCCUCGCCCGCAGGAAGCAGCUCGCGCAGGAGGUCAACGCUAUCAGGAGCGAAGGUGGCGAGAACUGGGUGCCGGAGCUAUGGUCAGGGGGCUCUGAAGGGGGGGACUGCGACCCCCUCUCCCCUCAGCUCCCCUCGCCCCCCUUCUCCCGCCAGCAGCAGGGAGGGAGGGGCAGGCGCCAGGACCAUCAUCACCCUGCUGCUGGCCGUCGGCAGCAGUUACCCUACACCAGCAGACAGGUCCUCGAGGCGACGAACAAGCUACACCUGGCGGCGCUGGGCUCGCUCAAAGGGGAGAUUCUAGAAUUAUCGUCUCGCCUCAAAAUGGUUUCUCAGGAACGGGACAUGCUGGAGAAAACGCUUACAGUCACGCAGCUCGAAAAGGUGAGAGUGGAGCGAGAGAGCGAGGACAGACUAGACUCGCAGGCCCAGCGCUAUGAGGAAAGGCUCACCGAACUGCACUCUGUCAUCGCCGAACUUUCCCGCAAGAUCGACCAGCAGAGGAUCAACGUCAUCGCCGAGGAGGAGGCGGCGGUUCCUGAGGACUACUCGCAGUCGGAGCUCUCGCACGACCAGCACGAUGCUACGGAAGAUUCAACUAGUGAGGCUGUCGAGUCAGAAGAACACGCAGAAGAGAACAGGGAUAACACAGCUACGGAUGCUUCAACAUCUUGCGACAUAGAUGAUAGAGCUGUGGAGGCUGGAGAAGGAAUCGCAGACCUGGACGUGAGCGAAUGUCCCAGAGGCAGCGGAGAUACAAGCAGCUGCCGAGCUUCAGGGGACGAGCCUUGUCGCUCCUUAAGUGCUUUGGAGGAGGAAGUGAAAGCACUCCGAGAGGAGAACCUGAGCCUCCAACAUGCUCUCGCAGUUGCACAACACAGUGCCUCAACUCAUCGCAAUGCCCUUACGACCCUCACUCAGGAGAGGGAUGCGCUCCGCAAAAAGCUUCGCGAAUAUCAAAGAAUGCAGCCAGCAAUGCCACCCCAGUCACCCCAGGUCGCUGAUGCCGUCACAGUGCGUGGGUUGAGAGGAGCCCCCUUGGCUGCCUUCACUGCCACUUCAGGAGGAUCAGCGCCCAGUGGUUCAGGACCUGGCACCGUGUCGCCUUCUCCCUCCCCUCAACCCCCGGAGAGCCACACGCCCACUCAGGAUGACACGCCCAUUAUCUGCAGAUUGGCGGAGAGGGUUCGUCUUAAGAAGGCUGAAAGUGGAGACCAACGAAUAACAGGCUCAGACCUGAGUAGUGUAGGAGUGUGGACGACUGCCGUGGCGGAGCAGUUGGUUGCCGGGGUUCAGGAAGAGAGUGAUGCCCAGGAGCUCUACCACGCCCUUGCCACUGCAGGAGGUGCGCUAGCUCCUCAUGAGAGACUAAAGGAGUUUGAAGUGGAGAUAGAGAGACUGCACGCUAAGGUGGAUCAUUUGAAAGCACAGAAUGAUGUGUUGGCCAUUACUCUUAGUGAAUCGAAAGCACACUGUGAUCAUUUGAGUAUUCUCAUAGGGAAAUAUGAAUCAAAUUCGACUGCCUUACAACUAGCAGUGACCAACCUAGACCAGACUAUAGAAGCUUAUGAAGUGUUAGUGGCACUCCUGGAAAGUGAGAUUGCAUUGCUAUUUGCCAGUUGCAAAGCUGCGGGUGUUGGGGUAAAGGGAAAUGCUGGGGUGAGUGUUUCAGACCAGGAAGACCUCGUGGCUCUUGUAAGAAGAGCCCAGGAACAACGAAGGUCCACAGAAAACGUUGCCCGGCAUUUACUUUCCCGUCUGGAGAGGGCAAGCGGGAUGCAGAAUGAUUCAGAAAACUGGAACGAGGCCAGUAUAAGCCAUAAUACAAGCACUGCCUCAUCCACAUCAAGUGGAGUGGACUCUGAUGUCAGCCGAGGAGAGGAACAGCGCCUUCGAGAAACCAUCGGGAAGAUGCGGGAUGAGAGAAGUCAGGUUGCAGCCUCCAUCCUGCCACUCGAGUCGAUCCACGUAGAUCCACUCACCCGGCACUAUCCACUCAGCCUUCACGAUGCUCACAAACUGGACCUCGAGAAUGCAGUGUUGAUGCAGGAACUCACGGCAAUGAGGGAGGAUCGGGCAGAACUAAGAGCUCAGGUAUACCUAAUAGAGAGGGAGAAAGCAGGUCUCGAGCUAAGAGUGGGGACGUGCGAAGCCCAAGCAGCUGCCUACUGUGCCACCAUCGACCAUUUACGAUCGGAAUUAUCCCUAGCGCGUCCUGAUGGCAGUAAUGACGUGGAAGGCGAGGGGGACAGUGGUGUAGACUCCUCAUCGCCGGAAAUUAUGGAAGCCUUGCGUCGUGAACGGCAGCUGAAAGUCCGCGUCCAAGACCUGGUCACGACCCUGGAGAAGGUGACCAAAAACUCGGAGGCUCGACACAUGCAGUCGCAGGAAUUCAUCAAUGACCUGAAGAAAGCUAAUGGAGCUCUACUAACGGCUGUUGAUCGUCUAAAAAAGAAAUAUGCACUGAAGGUGAAGAGGAUGGAGCAGCAGAUGAUGGGGAUGGUUGACCGCCAUGCUCACCAGGUCCGUGUUCUGAAGCAGAGAAUCGCCAGCCUAGAGGAUGACCCCGGGUCGCAGCAAACACAGAUGAUCUCCACAGCGAGCGAAACUUCCCUUUGAAAUCACAAAAAAAUUAGAAUUAAAAACUGAGAAUUAAGAUUCCUCUGAAGUGGUAAAUAAGCUUCAUGCUUCUGUUAUAUAGUGUUCUUCAAAGAUUUUUUUU